AUGGCCGAUAUCGUGUUUGUUUGGGGAAUGGGCUGGAUUAAAAAUUAUGCACCAGGCGUCUGGGGACACCACAAGUUUCCAAAAUAUCGUCAUAAUAAAUAUCAAAUGCAAAUUAUAGUAUUGAAUCGCAAAUUGUUUAACUUUGGUCCCACAAUUCGUGUGAUUUAUUUAGCAAAUGUUGCUUUAGAUGUCAUCAAUAAUUAUAUCAGAUCGCUGAUCUACGUUACGAAAAUCUUGCUCUCAAAAAUUUUUGACGGCUUCCUAAAAAUUUUCUGUGCACGGAAAAUGAACAAAAAUGCACCAACCUCCCCCGACCAAAACUGCAACAAAUCAUUUCUUUGUGGAGUCUGCGAAGGAUUUUAUGGAAAACCAUGGUCAUUUUCACAGAGACAAGAACUUUUUAAAAGGAUGCAAAGGUUUGGUAUGAAUACCUACUUAUACGCCCCAAAGGAUGAUUACAAGCAUAGGUUAUACUGGAGGGAGAUGUACAAUGAAGAGGAAGCCGACGAGUUGAAAUGCCUGAUUAGGUUCUCGGUGGAGUACUGCAUAAAUUUCGUAUAUGCCCUCUCUCCGGGUCUCGACAUCAUCUACUCCAGCGACGAAGAAGUCACGAUUUUGAAGAAAAAACUUGACCAAGUAAAAAACCUCGGAUGCACGUGCUUCUCGCUGCUGUUCGACGACAUCGAAGAUGACCUCUGUAGAGAGGACAUGCACAAAUUUGCGUCCAUUGCAGAUGCUCAGUGCUACCUGACCAAUGAGAUUUAUGAACAUCUAGGUCGACCUGACCUAUUUCUCUUCUGUCCUACUGAGUAUUGCACGUCUCGAUCGAUCCCCGACGUUUCAAAAUCUCCCUACCUCCGAACCAUUGGCCAGAAACUACAGAAGAACAUUGAUUUCCUAUGGACCGGCCCCAAAGUGGUCAGCAGGCGCAUAACAGUUGAGAGUAUUGAAGAGUUGAGCACGGUUGUCAAGAGGCCGGUGACCAUCUGGGAUAAUUUGCAUGCUAAUGAUUACGACCAAACCAGAAUAUAUCUAGGUCCGUACACUGGACGACCGGCGGAGUUGAUAGGGAGGCUUAGGGGCGUCCUAACGAAUCCCAACUGUGAAUUUGAAGCAAAUUUUGUGGCCCUACAUACGUUGGCACAGUGGACCAUGCAGCCAGCAACCAACGCGAACUCGAGAACGGAGGCUGACAUGGAGGUCGAGGACAUCCCUACCGACCCCACCCCUCCAAACGUGACGUCAUCAGGCAUUCCCCAGACUUCGUCGACACUGCUGCCAAUUCCAACGUCGCCGUACCCUGCACAUCCUGCCACUUACGCUCCUCCAGAGAACGAUGUCAGGUCGGAUAAAUUGGAAGAGUAUGAGCCGAGGAGGGCUCUGCAGAUGGCAAUUCUGGACUGGCUGCCUGAAUUGUACAGGUUCAAAUCCUCGUUCGGACACAAGAACCCCAUUGAAAAGACGCUAAAUCUCGCCGACAGUAAGAACGCCGCUGACCUGGCGAAAUUCAAAGAGUCCGACGUGUCUAAAAGUAGUGAAGAUGUCGAGUUUGAGGUUGUCGAGCAACGGUCUCAGGUCUACGGUGCAACCGCGACCGCCUCAUCAUCUGCUCUCGUUGACAGUGCAGGGAAUAUUGUUAAAGAGAAGGAGGAUGAAGAUGAUGGCCCUAAACAGGAUGAAGAUGUGGCCAUGCUGGAAGAGGAGGAGCCAACUCAACCGCCACCAAUCUCAACAAGUGAUGCUAACAUAAACUCAAACAAAGAACAACUAUCCAAAGAAUCGCUAGCAAACAACAUCGGUACAACUAAUUUCUCCACUCCGACCUCUAAAACGAUGGCGACAACACCUCAGCAGCAGCAGCAGCAGCAAUCAAACUUGUACCAACGUUCCCAGCACGACAGCCACCUCACAAGCGAAGAUCUUACGAUGGUUUGCGAUUUCUUCUACCUGCCGUUCGAGCACGGACCCACGGGGGAGCACAUGCUGAAAGUCGCCAGAUGGCUUGUCGACAACUUCCACCUCGUCUACAAACCUAAUCCCUACCCGGUCCCGUUUGCCGCUUACAUACCGCACCCCCCGCCUCUUCCACAAACCUCUCAACCUCACCCAUCUCUGGUGGCCGCUGGGGGCACUGCAUCCUGCGCGUCACCCCCGUGCGACGAUAGAUCUGCAUACUCCACGUCGCCCGAGUCUCCGGUUGUCGUCGACCAACGAACCGUCAGUGAAGCUGGCAAGAAAGUCAGCGAGGGCCAGGCAGACGUCAUUCCUCCAACUAACAAAUCCACCCCUUCAUUGGAGUUCAACAAAAUCUCCCCCAGCGCCACUCACUUGAAGGACCGUUUCCUUGGCGACAACUAUUUCCUGCCAUCUUCCGCCUCCGAAUGGUACGAGAGGGCAAUAAGGUUCCAUGAUGGAUAUGGAGAUCUGUCCGGAGUUGUCGACAAACUCGUCAACAUCCCCAACAGGGAACUGCUGUAUGAGAUCUACAAAUACGUCAAUGAUAUGAGGAGUAACCUAGCUCUGGUCAAUUCGUACAUAAGAUGGCACGUUCAACUAUUUUUUGUUCUCUCCCUAAAAUUAGGCAUAGACAAGAGAGAGAAGGAGUUAUUCAAAUCUGGCGAGCAAGAACCCUGGGUCCACAGGGGUGGCUUGCUCGCUGAAUUCAGGAGGUUACUGCCAUUCGAAAGAGAUGCUAACCUGGCUAGAUCAAACAAUGUCUUUGUGGUCAGACCGUACUAUGCCGCCGAUAAGGGCCAUGUUAACAUGAUCUGCCUGAGAACGCACAAUGAUAUGAUGGAUGCAACAUUCUGGCUGGGCUCUGUUCCUGAUCUAGUCGGUGAUUGCUUCUUGGGAACAUUCUUGAAGUUUUUCAGUAAAUUUGCAUACGUGCUUGAAGACAACCUCGGCAUCUGCAGUUACGUUGUCGCUGCCGACAGCUACAGUGGCUACGACGACCACCUCAUGAACGAUUGGUUGCCACAGAUGAGGACGAAGUACCCAAUGAAAGAAGAUAGAAAAACGACCCAAAUGACGUCAGCAACGAUGUCGCCACCACUAGCAACAGCAGCGGCAGCUGCUGCAGCUACGACAACAGUCACAACCACAGCAUCAUCCGAUCUGGCUUCUGACAAGAAGCAGAUUCCUGAGACUUCGACUACUACUCUAACGACGCAACUACCACAGCCACCAACGUCACCGUCGUCUGAAAUACAGCCAUCCACGCAUUCGCCCGAUAACUCCGGCGAACUAGAAGGCAAAAAAUCCGAACUCGACCAGGCGGGCCAUCAUCAUCUUCUUCCUCCUCCGUCUCACAACCACCCACAUCACCAGCACGGCGACGAUAUUUGCGGUGACGACGACGACGACGACGGUCCCUACCCAAUGUCCUCAUCAUCCUCCACGGAACAUUCUAGAACAGCUUCUCCUGAUAAUGAUCUCUACCGUCGCGGCUACUUGCCUGCUUUCCCCAGGCCGAGGUUUAGCUAUCACAAUGUUGAGAUCCUCUUGCAGACACUGCAUACACCGACGGAUUCGUACAACUUCAACAGUUCGCAGUUCAUUCUUCCUAAUUAUGCAACCAGCGACAAAAACAUCGGUGGCGACAUCAUUUCAGCUGACGCUACCACUACUGCUACAACUGAAGUAACAACGGUUACUACAGCUGCUACUACUGUUACUAACAGUACCAGUAUUUCUAGCACUCCUAAGAUUGCAAACACAGAUUCCGUUAUGAGUGUUAAAGAGUUUCUAAGUAAAUAUCCCAGUAUAAUUCAGAUUGGCCUAUCAAGAGGCAGGGGAUCUCCAGCUAAGCUCCUAUUGGCCAGCGCUGAACAGGCCCUAGCCAAUAGCGGAUCAACCGGCAUGCACGUGGUCCUGCCCAGCAGUUACAGAUCAACGGUUGAGAUGUACAAAAACCUCGGCUUCCACGAGCAAAAACUCAAAUUAAACCACGACGAUCAAAAGACAAAGAACGAGGGCGAAAAUAUAGGGGGUCCAGGGAUGGAGGACAGGCCAGCAGCACAUCUCCAGCACGUCCCUAAUACGGACUUGAGUAACAUUGUCAUUCUCUGCAAGGCCAUCGAUAUAGAAAUCAUUAGUAGUGGCUAUUCUGAAAAUGUGAUGAGGGAGUAUGCCGCUGGCACUGACGGGCCUGACAAAACUAAGUCUGAGGGGUUUUCCGCCAACAACCCGGAAGUCAAAAACACUAAAUAAAAAAAAUUUUCGUAUUAAAGACGAAAUUCAAUAAAGAUUAAAUUGUUGAGACUACUAUCCUAUCGAAAUUGUUAAUAUUCAAAAAGUUUUAAGAAUUCAAAUGUCGUUGUUAAAUAGUUUUUUUUUCUGUCUUGACGCAAUUAAGUAUUUAGUUUGUGAUUUUGAUAGCUCGCAAUCGUAUUAUUUAAUUAGUUAAUUGAUUAAUUAAUUAUCGAUAAAUUAAUUAAUUAAUUCUUUCGUUCAUUUAUUCACUCGAUCAUUCUCACUUUCUCCUCUUUCAUUGGUUUGAAUAUUUGUGAUUUUUAUUAAUGUUGUGUCAUACAUACACAUAAUAGGAUGAUUUAUUGCUAUAUACAUAUAUAUAUAUAUAUAUAUAUAUAUAUAUAUAUAUAUAUAUAUAUAUAUAUAUAUACAUGAGACGGAAACUAUAUUUUAUAGAGUAUUGUAUGAAUCCUACCGAAUUGUCGGCUUUAAUCAAUUUAAAGUUUGUCUUUUCAAUUUUCCUUACUAGAUUUUUCUGGAGAUUGUUCAAUUUAUUGAAAAUUCUAGUAAGAAAAGACGAACUCUAAAAUGAUUUAUGCCAACAAUACGGUAGAAUCCAUACAAUAUUGUAUAUAUAUAUAUAUUGUAUGUAUGCAUAUAUAUAUAUAUAUCGGUUUCAUCAUAGGUAGCCAAACGGCAACCCCCGAUCUAGGGGAAAAUGUCGUCUAAACGUGUGUUGUUGUUGUUAUAUAUAUUUGUUAAUAUUAUGUAACAAUGGUAUGUUUUCAACACAUAAUGCUUCGUUAGAGUUCGUCAUUGCAAGCAACUUCUAAGAAUAAGCAACGUUUAUAAAGGAAUAUCUUUAAAAAAUAUUAACGGUAAUCUCGAAAAAAAUAAAUGAUUAUCUUAAAAAUAGAAAUCUUAAAAAAUAAAGGAAUGACACCAAUUAAUACAGAUUUAUUAACAAUUUUUACAUUUAACUUUAUCCAAUUCACAGCCAUCAGAUCUCAAAAUUUAGUAAAAAUAAGCAUAUAUCAAUCGAACGAAUGCCUGAUCAAUUUUUUUCCUUCUGUACCGGAGGUUUCUUGCAGAGG